UCUCCGGUCUUGUAACCGCCUCCUCACCUCGCUUGCACUGCUCCGAAGGAAAAGAAGAGUGGACGGUGAUGUUGCUGGAGAAGCGGCCGAGGCCGCCGAUGAGGCGGACCACGAGCUCGACGGAGUUCGCAUCCAGCGUCCUCUUCGACGUGGAGGCACCGCAGCCGUUCGAUCAGGUGGCGAUCGGCGUUCGUCACCUUGAGUCGCGGUGGGGCGCGGACUGGCGAACGACGUGGUACACGGGGUCCAUGCUGUCGCCCCGAGGCGGCGUGCACAGGAGGAGCUCCGGGGACUUCGCGGCGCCUUUCUUGAGGGCCUGCGGCCUCUGCAACCGCGGCCUCGGACCCGGCCGCGAUGCUUACAUGUAUAGAGGUGACAUCGCAUUCUGUAGCCUCGAAUGCCGUCAGCAGCAGAUGAACCUCGAUGAGCAGAGAGAGAAAUGCUCCCUCACUUCCACGAAGGAGAUGCCCUCUGCUGCUAGUGGCUCCAAGCCAUCCGACGGUGGUGGAACAGUCGCUGCCGCUUAACGUUUCGUCGUCUUUGCCUAUGAAGAUAACUACAGAUGUUAUGAUGCAACCAAAUAGUUGUUGUGGGGUUUCAUAGUUCUUGCAGCAUCAACAAAAUUAGUACAAGUAAACAUAUGUAGCCGAUCUAUCUUGGUGCUUAUGACGAGUAACAUCAGAAGGACCCUACACUGCCUUUUAGAUUCCUUUGUUCUUCUGUAAAAUGGUACUCUCUUUUUGUAAUGGAAUGUGAUUUUGUUUGAUCGGUCA